AUGUCGACCGAAGCUGGAGGGAAUGGAAACAACACCAUUGGAUCGUCUUCUGCUGCCACUAACACCUCAAUGUUGGCACCUGUUUCGACCUCAAGGGUCAUGGCUCAAGCUGAGAAGCCUGAAAAAUUUAAGGGCUCAGAAUUCAAACGUUGGCAACAAAAGAUGUUGUUCUACCUAACUACGUUGGGUGUUGCCAACUUCCUCAAGGAGGAUGCUCCAACUGUACCUAAGGAAGAGACGGACUUUAAUGUUCGAGCUGCCUAUGAUGUUUGGCAUCAAGGAGAUUUCUUGUGCAAGAAUUAUAUCUUGAACGGCUUAGAGGAUAGUCUCUAUUCUAUCUUUGCCGGGGCUAAAACCUCCAAAGUGUUGUGGGAGGCUCUUGACAAGAAGUAUCGCGUCGAGAACGCCGGUACAAAGAAAUAUGUAGUCGCAAAAUUUUUGGACUAUGAGAUGGUGGACUCUCGUUCAGUGGUAGCGCAAGCUGAAGAGUUGCAAAUCAUAGUCCACGAUGUCCAAGCUGAAGGGAUGGCCCUACCAGACCAGUUCAUUGUUUCUUCAAUGAUCGAGAAGCUUCAUCCGUGGAAGGCAACUGUUGGCCGAAAGUUUGAAGGCAACUGCUUCAACUGUGAUAAGCCGGGUCACAUGGCGAAGGACUGCCGAAAGCCAAAGAAGAUGAAAUUCAAGAAGAGUGCUCAAAUGGUCGAGAGAGAUUUCAACGAUGAUGAUCCGGCUGCUGUGGUUUCUGAAGUGAACCACAUUGACAAUCCGAAGGCUUGGUUUGUUGACACCGGAGCUACUGUGCAUGUGUGCUCUAAUCGUAGCCAAUUUUCGACCUACAAGCAAGUCGAAGGGAAGAAGCUCCACAUGGGCAACCAAGACUCGUCUGAAGUCAUUGGCAUGGGUAAGUGA